AUGGACAAGGAAAUUAUACCCAUAAUUCAUUGGGAAAUGGAAACGUUCAGUAAACAAGUGCUGGCACUUCUAGUCUUUGGUUCUGUGGCAUUAUUUCCUAUCCUGCUUUUACCUUCUACUCCUUCCAUGUGGGUUGCAGGGAUGACUUUUGGAUAUGGGUAUGGUUUUCUGCUGAUCAUUGGAGCAGUUGCAAUUGGUGUGUCUCUUCCAUAUUUCAUUGGUUUUCUUUUCCGUCAUAAAAUCCAUAUGUGGUUGGAGAGGUAUCCAAAGAAAGCUUCCAUCAUAAGACUAGCUGGUGAAGGAAAUUGUUUCAAUCAAUUUAGAGCUAUUGCAUUGAUUAGGAUUUCUCCUUUCCCUUAUGUCAUAUAUAACUACUCUGCUGUGGCUACCAAUGUUGGAUAUGGUCCAUACUUAUUGGGGUCACUAGUCGGAAUGGUACCUGAAAUAUUUGUUGCACUCUACACUGGCAUCCUGGUAAAAACGUUGGCUGAUGCAUCCCAUGAUCGGCACUCUUUGUCGGCAUCACAGAUCAUUUUCAACGUGGUUGGAUUUUGCAUCACAAUGACUACAACAGUGAUAAUCACAUUGUAUGCUAAAAGGAGGCUCAAUGAACUGCAAAGGGAAGAGGGCCUAUUGUUGCAGUGA